GAGGGUGUGAGAUUGGGUCCAUGUCAACGUUGGCAUUGGGAGGACCAACAUAGAACAGUGAAGACCAGUGGUUUUGUUCCCACCAUGUCCUUACACAAAUACACAUACCCCAAAACACCCGUGGGCUACCCUUUGCCCCCACACUCCACAUGAACCCUCUGCUUCUGUCUCUCUCUGCCUCUUCAUAAAUACACCCAUCACCCAUUCUUUUCCCACCACUUUCCAAUUCUCUUUCUCUAAACAUGGCCAUUAGAAAAUCAAACAAAACUACUUCUCAAACCACAGUCCUCAAGCAAAUCCUCAAGAGGUGUUCCAGCUUAGGAAAGAAAAACGGGUACGAUGACGAUGGUCUCCCUCUCGAUGUCCCCAAAGGCCAUUUCGCUGUCUACGUUGGACAAAACAGAAGUAGAUACAUUGUACCCAUCUCUUUUUUGACUCACCCCGAGUUUCAGUCUCUCCUUCGUCAAGCUGAAGAAGAAUUUGGCUUCGAUCACGAAAUGGGUCUCACUAUUCCAUGUGAAGAAGUUGUUUUCCGCUCUCUAACAUCCAUGCUAAGAUGCUAGAUAUAUAUACUAUUAUUCUGCUUAUUGAUUGAAGAAAGGAUCGAAGGUGGCCAAGAUGAAGCUGCUUUUGCUUCUCUUUUUUUUAACAUCGAUCUCUCUUCUUCACUUCAGUACCCUAGUCAUUGUGUUCCUCAUCGAUCAGUUCGCGAUCUAGUUCUUUUUUUGUCCCAUUUAAGUUUUUUUUUUUUUUGAACAGCCCCAUUUAAUUUGGGUUCUUAUGUUCAUUAUGUGACUCUAACUUUUGCCCCCACAAGUAUUUUUGGGGUGAAAAUUGUAUAAAGGGUUUGUCGUUGAGAUUUUCCUCGCCGAGGUUCUACAUACUAUACACUGUGAGAGAAGUUAGUUUUUUUCUAUGAAAGCUGGGAUGUUUGUAGUCAUUGACAUGCCAUCUCUCUGUUUCUCUCUAUAUCUCUUGUCCUGCCAGAAUAUCAUACGCUGUUGAGAUUUGUGCCUAUGCAUAUUUUUUUAUAUA